AUGGAGCAACCGAAGCGUGACGCGACGGAAAGAAAACUGGUCAUAAAAUCGUUCAAAGUUGCCCCGAAAAUCCCCUCAAACUUUUUGGAAACCACUUGGAAUGGUCGAUUGUUACACGCUUUAAAUGCAAUUCACGACGAGAAGCCGUGCGAGGAAAGUUACGAGCGGUUAUAUCGCGCGGUGGAAGACGUGGUGGUUGGGAAUUUUGGGAACGAAUUGUACGAAAAAUUGAGGCAAUGUUUAGAGGCGAGAACGGAAGCGGUGGCGAAAGAGUUGAAAGAGAAAUGUCUUCAAGGAGGAAGUUUUCAUCACGGGUCGUCGUUUAAGAAGACGUCCGGGAACAGCGCGGGUGGUUUAUCGGCGUUCUCGUCCGAAGAAGAACAGUUUCUGAAGUUUUUCGUGGACGACGUGUGGGAGACGAGGGUGAAACAGAUGAUGUUGAUUCGGUCUUUGUUUUUGUAUUUGGACCGGACGACGGCGACGGUGUUUACGAAGAACGCUUCCUUAGGGGCUUCUUCCGAUGCUGCUGCUGACUCUGCAAAAGAAGGCGGCAGAGAGAUGGCGACUGGUACUAACGAUCCGACGUCGCCGUUGGACGACGACGAACGCAGGCGACGGAGUGGGACGGACGCGGUGACUACGACGACUACUACUCCGGGGAGCAGAGAAAGUAGUAAUAAAGAGAGUAGUUUUAAACUUCCUCUGUGGGAAUUGAGCGUCCAGCAAUUUCAAAAGCAAAUGGACGCGAAUGCGGACGUGCUUCGCAAAGCCGCGAGCGGGUGUUUGCGGUUGAUCGAACGCGAAAGAGAAGGAGAGAAGAUCGAUCGAACUUUAGUGAAACGAUUUACGACCGCGAUGGAAACGUUGAAAAGGUACGGCGGCGGAUCAAACAAAUCGUUUUCGUCGUCGUCGUUUCCUUCCGCGGUAGCCAGCGGCCAGAGGAAUUCAAAGAAGCGCUCGGCCGAAGAAGAAGAAGAAGAAGAAGAAGGAACGAUGAUGAUGGUGGACGACAACAAACAACAACAAUUAACACCAAAAUCACCACCACCUUUGUUGGUGUUCAACUUCGAGCGUCUCUUCUUAGAAAACACGGCCAGAUUUUACGCCAAAGAAUCGGACAAGAGGUUUGGAAUCACGAAAAAGUCAGCUUCGGAGUGCGCGGACUAUUUGAAACACUGUCAAACGCGAUUGAACGAAGAAACGCUCGAUCGCGCGGAGAGUUAUUUGCAACCGCAAACGAAACUGGUGCUUACAAAAACGGUCGAGAAAGCGUUGAUUCAGGACAAGAAACUCGAAAUUAUCGACAGUUCGGACGAAAUGCUCGCGGACAGUGCGAAAGUAGAGGACUUGAAACGCUUGUACUCGUUACUCUCUCGCGUCCCGGACGGCUUGAAACUCCUGAGAGACCAGUUCACGAAACGAUUGAAAUUUGUCGGCCAAAAGACCGUUCAAGACGAAGCUGCCGAUUGCGUUGACGUUUUAUUACGAAUGAAAUCCUCCGUGGACGAUAUCGUCGUGAACGCGUUUGAGAAUCAGCGCCAAUUCAGCGAAGGCGCCAAGGUUGCGUUUGAAAUGUUCAUCAACACUUCGAAGAACAAUCGAAUCGCGGAGUUAAUCGCAAAAUUCAUGGACGAAAAGUUGAAGAAAGGGAAUAAAACGUCCUUGUCGACCGAGAAAGACUUAGACGAGCAACUGAACAAAGCCGUGGCGUUGUUUCGAUUCAUACAAGGCAAAGACGUGUUCGAGGCGUUUUACAAGAAGGAUUUGGCGAAACGCUUGUUAUUUUCAAAAUCGGCAUCCAUCGACGCCGAGCGGUUGGUGGUUGGCAAGUUACGAUCAGAGUGCGGAGCGAACUUUACCACUCGUCUGGAAGGAAUGUUCAAAGACGUGGACGUGAGUCGAGAUACCGUGCGUAACUAUCGUAACAACGCGACUAAUAACACGGCGGCUUCCGUCGGCGGCGAGACAAAGGCGGACGUGGACAUGAACGCUUCUGUCGCGGAAGGCGUCGAUGAAGAUAAAUCAAAAAGAACAAGAAAGAAAUCGACAUCAAUAAUAACAAAAGAAGAAGGAGGGGGAGAAGCGUUGGAACCAUUACCGCCAAAACCACCAAUGACGAACCGCGAAACUUUCUCCGUGAACAUCUUAACCGCUGGAUUUUGGCCGUCGGCGGCGAAACUCGACGUCGUCUUACCGCCGGAAUUACAAUCGUUGCGAGACGAUUUUGAAUCGUAUUAUUUAGAGCAACACAACAAUGGGAGACGAUUAGCUUGGCAACACUCCACGUCCACGUGUGUCCUGAAAGUCAAAUUCGCGAGUGGUACGAAAGAGUUGGCGGUCUCGUUGGCGCAAGCCGUAAUCAUCUUGGCGUUCAACGAGAACGACGACGAUACGAACGACGACGAGCAACAACACAAACAGUUCACGUAUAAGGAGUUGAAAGAGAAAACAAACAUCCCGGACGUCGAAUUGAAACGCACGUUGCAAUCCUUAUACGGCGGUAAGUACCGAGUGUUAUUAAAAACCCCGAUGAGUAAAGACAUCGACGAGGCGAAAGACGCGUUCAAAUUCAACUUCAACUUGCAAGAAAAACUGGUUCGAUUGAAAAUCUCCGCCAUUCAAUCCUCUACACAAGCGAGCGGUAAAAAACGAGGCGCCGGAGGAGAAAACGGGGGAGAUCACCCGACCACGAUGGAAGAAGACGAAAACGAAGCCGUCCGCGAAUCGGUCCGCGCGGACCGAUUCCACCAAAUCGACGCCAUGAUCGUUCGAAUCUUAAAAACCAGGAAAAAGUUGCCGCACCCGGAGUUAAUCAACGAGGUCGUGGCGAAACUCCAGUUCCCGGUGAACAACCAAGAUUUGAAGAAACGAAUCGAAAGUCUGAUCGAUCGCGAGUACGUGGAAAGAGACAAGGACGAUCGAGACGUGUAUCAUUACGUCGCUUAA